AGAGAUAUUCCAAAACCAAAAAGCAUUGCAGCGGAGAAGAAUAAAAUUUUCAUAUUUCAUAUCUUCGUUUCUUCUAUCUAUCAGCUAUCAUCCCACCCCACACCAUUUCUAUAUUAUAUAUAAUAUUCCAUUCUGAAACCUAAGAAGUGAAGAGAAGAGGAGAGGAGAGGAGAGAGAAGCUCAUUUGAAUUCGAAAGAAAGAAGAACCAGAAUCAAAAUCAUGGAGAAUAAUCACAGUCCCAAUCCCAAUCCCAAUCCCAAAGAGAGUCACAAUCACAAGAAGGAGGUGAUUCGAAUUGAGAGAGAGUCCGUCAUCCCAAUUCUCAAGCCCAAGCUCAUCAUGACCUUGGCCAACCUCAUCGAACAUAGUUCUGAUCGGGCAGAGUUUCUGAAGCUCUGCAAGAGGGUUGAGUACACCAUUCGUGCUUGGUACCUUCUCCAAUUCGAGGAUUUGAUGCAAUUGUACUCGCUGUUUGACCCUGUCCAUGGGGCUCAGAAAUUGGAGCAGCAGUCUCUCUCCCCGGAAGAAAUUGAUGUGCUUGAACAGAAUUUCCUCACUUACUUGUUUCAGGUGAUGGAGAAGAGUAAUUUCAAGAUUGCCACUGAUGAUGAGAUUGAGGUGGCGCUUUCAGGGCAGUAUCUUUUAAAUCUUCCUAUUACUGUCGAUGAUUCUAAGCUUGACAAGAAGCUUUUAAGGAAAUACUUUGAGGAUCAUCCUUGCCCAAACCUUCCAGAUUUUUCUGACAAGUACGUUAUAUUUAGACGUGGCAUUGGACUCGACAAAACAACCGAUUACUUUUUCAUGGAAAAAAUGGACAUGCUUAUUGGACGUUUUUGGUCAUAUCUUCUACGAUUAACAAGGUUGGAUAAACUUUUGUCCAGAAGGUCAGGCAAGAAAAAGAAAGAUCCAAAGAAGGAUGAUGAGAUUAUUCCAGAUGCAGAUCAGGAAGACCUAUAUGUUGAAAGGAAGAGGCUCGAAAAUCUGGAAUUGAGUCUACGCAAUUUGUUGAGCAAGAUAACAAUCCAAGAGCCAACAUUUGAUAGGAUAAUUGUUGUUUAUAGGCGAGCAAGUGCCAAGGAAAAAACAGAGCGAGGAAUAUUUGUGAAGCAUUUUAAAAACAUUCCAAUGGCUGAUAUGGAAAUAGUUCUUCCAGAGAAGAAAAAUCCAGGAUUAACUCCGAUGGACUGGGUCAAGUUCCUUAUAUCUGCUGUAGUUGGGCUGGUUGCUGUUGUUACUUCAGUUGAAAUGCCUAAAGCUGAUCUCUGGGUCAUUAUUGCUAUUCUUUCCACUGUCAUUGGUUACUGCGCUAAGACAUAUUUCACUUUUCAGCAAAACAUGGCUGCUUAUCAGAAUUUAAUAACGCAGUCCAUGUACGACAAACAACUGGAUAGUGGAAAGGGUACUCUUCUCCAUCUGUGUGACGAUGUCAUUCAACAGGAAGUCAAGGAGGUGAUCAUUUCAUUCUUUAUUUUGAUGGAACAAGGCAAAGCUACUAGACAGGAUCUGGAUAGGUGGUGUGAGGACCUAAUUAAAGAAGAGUUCAACGAAAGUUGUAAUUUCGAUGUGGAUGAUGCAGUCCAGAAGUUGGAGAAAUUGGGAAUCGUAGCUCGGGAUUCUGUUGGACGGUAUUACUGCGUGGGUUUGAAACGUGCUAAUGAGAUUAUAGGAACCACCACCGAGGAGCUUGUCCUAAAGGUGAAACAGGGUGGUAGUACAUGAAGCCCGUCUGCUUUCUUUUUGUACAAAUCUUAUAUGAGAGAAUUUAUGCUUUCCAACAGAUCCAACACAAGUUCUUAGUUUUUUACUCAUUUAAAUAGUUCUGCGGAUUCUUAUUGUUAUUUUUAUCAUUAUUUUAUGCAUAUAUACUUUAAUUUUUCUCCUAUGCAAUUGCAUUAAUGUAUGUAAUUGCAAUCGAUGGUUAUCUUUCUCUGCAACUUGACUUCUGUUAUAUGGAAUAUUGAGAGAGGAGGACCUACCGGCGAA